AUGCCGAAGCUCGCCUACGCCGAGAACGAGAAGGCGCUAUGCUUCCAUGGCCCUCUGAUGUACGAGGCGAAGGUUCUCAAGGCGGAGUUCUGGCAGAAGGGGAGCAAUAAGAGCGGCGCAGUCGGGCCGCACUACUUCGUGCACUACAGGGGGUGGAAGCAGACCUGGGACGAGUGGGUCCCCGAGGAGCGGCUGAACAAGUGGAACGAGGAGAACAUCCGCAAGCAAAAGGCGCUCAUGGAGGCGCAGCGCUUGCGCGAUAUUGCCGAGCGCGAGGCAGCGAGGGCGGAAGAGGCGGCGAAGGCGAAGGGUGCAAUGGGAACCGCUGCGAUGGGCGGACGAGGGACAGCACGAGGACAGAAGAGGGGUCGUGAGGGCGAGACGGAGGACGAGUAUAUGAAGCGGCCGGAGAUCAAGAUCUCGAUCCCGGACAAUCUCAAGAUCCAGCUCGUUGACGACUGGGAGGCGAUCACGAAGAACCAGCAGCUCGUCCCCCUGCCACGCGUCCCGAAUGUCGAUGUCAUCCUCGACGAAUGGCUGAUCUACCUGCAGAACGAGGAGGAGGAGAAGAAGCGGAUCGCGGCCGAAGUCGCCGCAGGAAUCGGCCUGUACUUCAACAAGGCGCUCGGGAACAAUCUCCUCUACCGGUUCGAGCGCGGGCAGUACCAGGAGCAGUACAAGCGGCUGCAGGGGACAAACAAGGGAAUGAGCUCGGUUUAUGGCGGCGAGCACCUCCUGCGGUUAUUCGUCAACCUGCCCGAACUGCUCGCGCACACUUCACUUGAUCCCGAAUCGAUGGCCGUGCUGAAGGACAACAUCCAGCAGUUCCUGCAAUGGAUGGACCUGAACCGACGAGUGCUCUUCUUGCCAGAAUACAUCGGCACGAGCUCGGGCUACCAGAACAACAACCGAGGAUGA